UUGCGUGACUGUGUCGUUAGAGAGUGUUGUACAAAAAUACAAGGAAGAAGAGAUAUUGAAAUGCAUAUAUUUAUAAAUUUGCAAUAAGUGUGAUUAAAGUGAUAUUUAUCAGUGGCAACACAAUGCAUUCCACUUAUAAUAGCGAAGACUAUGAGCAUGAACAAAAAGAAGAUGUGGCCGAUGAUGAUACGAUAGUGGUCGAUCUGGGGCCAUAUGGAUACAGUCCACCAUCAAAGGUAUCGACAUCGCCAACUGAAAAUGAAUCGCCGAUUUUGCAUAAAGAUCAACAGCAUCACGUGCAAUCUAAUCAUCAGCAUCAUCAACAACAACAAUCACAACAGCAACAAACACCAAAUCCUCCUGUGGACACAGUCCGGAGAUACAGAACCGCCUUUACGAGGGAACAAUUAGCUCGUUUGGAAAAAGAGUUUAACAGAGAAAACUACGUAAGCCGACCGAGAAGAUGCGAACUGGCUACGCAGCUUAGUCUACCAGAAUCUACGAUCAAGGUGUGGUUUCAGAAUAGACGUAUGAAAGACAAGAGGCAACGGAUGGCGUUUACGUGGCCGUUGACCGUGUGUUCGGAUCCAGCGUUCGCGACAUUGAUCGCCGCGGCUUCCGGCGCCCUGUCACCCUAUCACAGCGCGAUACCGAGUAUACCGGCGACGGCGCAUCUGGCCCCUUCGGCGACCCCGUACGCAUCCGCGGCCGCGACGUACUACGCGCGGUACUCGCCGUAUCCCUCGAUAAGCGCCCUGCAUCGACCGCAUCCGCGAGCCGCUGCCGCCCCUUAUCCGGCGCACUCGCACGUGCUGCAUCCUCAUCCGGCUCAUCUGCCCUUGCAGUUCGGCCUGGGCGUGCCGACCGUUGGCAGCAACGCCUUUCCCCCUGUCAGCAAUCCUCCCCCUACUACGAUCACGUACGGGCCGCCGUUGCUGCCGUCCGAGCUGAGCCCGGUGAACUCUGACACCUCCAGCGAGUGCGAAUCUUGCGCGGGUAAUCAGCCGCAGCCGCAGCACGUCGUCCACCCGCACCACUCGCAUCACUCGCCGCGUCACUCGCACCACGUAACGAGCGGAAUCCCGGUGCAGCCGCAGCGGGACCGAGUCAUCGGAGCGGAACAGUCGACCAAACUGCCUGCACUGAAUGGUAUGAACGUACCUGCUUCGAUAUCGUUCAUCUCCGAGGGUCUCUACAACUUGUCGACGACCUCGCCGCUGUCGACGUCAAUAUCGACGCCGACGACGACGACGGUAGCGGCACCCGUAUCGGCAUCGACGAAUAAACCCGAGUUAUUCCAGCCGUACAAGAAGUAAUUGUUUCACUUGUGACGCGUGAUAUAUUAUUUCUUCCGCCUUUCUGCCCUCUCUGCCAGGGAUACCACCCCCUGUUUUACGGGAGAAUAGCCUUGAUCUUUGGUUCGUUUCGCAUAGAGUCCUUUCUAAAUACCGCCCGCUGGGCAGUAAACAUUUCGACUUAAGGAAAUGCUUUCGCUGUUAGCGUUGUCUGCCCGCUAUUGGGUACCGCAACUCCUACUUUGGGCUAACUUUGUACUGCCAGUUGCGAGGCUGUUUCCUUUGGCUAGGAUGGCUGGAUAGAUACGUGUGGAUGUCGUAAAUACUCAAUGCCUUAACAAUUAUUAAACGAGUCCCCUUCGAAUCGAUGCAUCACAUUGAUGCGCGGAAUCUUUAAUACAGCUGUAAUAGAGUUAUGUGUCUGAGAAUGUUAUUUAUCGAUCAGAACAUAUUUUUUAUUUUGACUUUUAUUUCUAUUAUGAUUUAUCUCGAGACUGUAUUUAAAAGAUUUCGAUCAUUUUGACGAUGCCGAUUUAAACGUUGAUAUGAUAAAAUCGAAAAAU